GGUUUAACUUUUUGGAUAUAUCCAACUAAAAGUUUCCAAGAGAGUUAAUCCAAUUUCCAUGAAAAAAUAAAGGCGCAGCACCCUUGUAGCCACGCUAUUAUCUCAACUUCUUGGCCGUCCGAAUAUAAUUUUCCAACGUUAAUUAUGGACCCUUCUCCAUCUACAUAUACACCUAAUUAAUUUGAGUUAGAGCUUAAUUACUCAGAAAUUUGAGCAGCAUGGCCAAAACCACCACCACACUCCUCCUCCUCCUCCUCCUUCUAGCAGUGGACGUCCUCGGCCGGCCGGGCCCCGCAUUUCACGACGUCACUCCCAUAGAAAAUCAUCACGCGGAGGGGCAGGCCGCGGAGGAUCGAGAUAACUGCGUGGGAUUGAGAGAAGAUGAGUGCAUGAUGAAGAGAACAGUUGAAGCACAACUUGAUUAUAUCUACACGCAGAAGAAGAAGCACCCCUGAAUCUCAUCCACCCUAUAAUUUAUUGUUAUUGCGUUACAGAUGAAUAAUCUUGGAUUUAAUAAAUUUUCCUCCAAUUUUCAUUAAUAAAUUUACGCUUCUUCACCA